AUGUCGGUGAUAAUGUCAGUGUUAGUGACUGAGGAAUUGGUGGAAAAUGGUAAAAAUAGGGCAUGGUGGUAUGUGGGGUUUAUGGUUAUUGAGAGUGAAAAGAGGUGGGUUUUGGCAGUUGAGAAAGGACGAUGUACGGAGGCCGAGGAAGGGAGAUGGUUGUGGAGUGAGAGAAUGCGGUGGUGGUGUGGUGGAGGUAAUGUUUACGAAGAUCGGCAUUUUGGUCGUGGUCACGCCUUUGCCCUACUCUCUCUAAACCUUUUGUUUUUCUUUGUUUUGUACAGAAAGACUAUCUUUGUUGGUGGUGUUGGCAAGAGAUUGGAACAAGAAUCAGGAAUCUUCUUCAGUAUGCCCUAUUUCGAGGACAGGGUAACUAAUGGGGAUUGGGAUGAGGUGGAAAAUUACUUAUCUGGGUUCACAUGGCCUGAUGAGAACACAAUUUCCAUGAAAAUCUUCUAUGCGAUCCGAGAACACAAGUAUAUGGAGGUCCUGGACAGGAAGGAACGGGCUAAAGCCUUUGACAUUUUAAUGAUGGACUUAAAACAAAUUUCAGUUGAUAAUGAAGAGCGUUUUGAAUAUUUAACUCGGCUUUUCUUCCUUGAAAACAUCAGAGAGGAUAAGGAAGUAUCCAAGCACGGAGACCUAAUCAAUGCUAGGGGUGAAAUGCUUGCUCGUGUUAAGAAGCUUAUAGAAGAAAAUCCCGUGUUCCGUGAUAAGCUGAUAUUCCCCACCUUCGAUCCCUCAAAAUUAGGGACACUAAGUUUGAACUUGCAGCACCAUUUGGCUGCAGUUUCACCUUCACAGUCCAGAAGUGCUGUUCCUAAGCCUGUGGAAUCCCCUCCUCCAUUUCAAGAUCCAUCAUCUCCUCCCCAACCUUCAGCAAGUUAUUCAUCCUCAGUUCCUCACCCUUCAGAUUCUGCAGAUAUUAUGAAGCAUCCUACAACUCCUACAAAUAAACCAGCUGUGGACAACCAAAAUGAUCUCUCUGAACUGGAUUCCUCGUAUGAAUCUACCCCAAUAAGUACAUUUGGUGAUGUCAAUGCUACUACUGGAUCUAGCAUUAAGGAUCGAGCUUCUCCAGUAACAUCCACAGAUUCAGUGAAUGAAGGUCGGCAAAAUUCGGAAGAUGGGAAGCCCAGAGUUGCAGAUGGUUCCACCUGGAAAUCUAGGUUGCGGAAACUGAUAGAAGUGAAUAAGCCAUCAGAAUGUCGUGUCCUGAGACUUCCAGAUAGUUCGGCGGCGAUGAAAGUUCCAAGAUUGAUGUAUACCAAUUCAGGAUCCGCCAUACUGGCUCUAUAUGUUAAUGCUGUACAUAAACUGUGGAAAUCGCCAGAAAAUGACAGUAUUUCGAUGGGAAAAUUCCCCACCAAUCGCAUUCGAUCCUGUACUGCGAGAUUGAUGACAAAUGCUACUAGUGGCAUGAAUCCAGAAGAUGCUGUUCCAUGCUUUGCUCUGUCCAAUAAUGAUUCUUAUGUUAUGUCAGCGUCAGGACGGAAAAUUUCCUAUUUUAAUACGUUGACCUUCCAAACAAAGAAAUCAUUCACAUCCCAUUCAUCGGAAGUAACAUUUCUGGCAUUUCACCCCCAAAACAAUAACAUCAUAGCAAUGGGCUUGGAUGACUCAUCCAUCCAAAUAUAUGAUGUCAAGGCUGAUGAGGUCAAAACUGAGCUCAAAGCUCAUCAAAAAAGGAUAACUGGCCUUGCCUUCUCUAAUAUUCUUAAUGUUCUUGUAUCUUCAGGAGCCGAUUCUUGGCUGUGUGUUUGGAGCACUGAUACAUGGGAGAAGAGAACAAAUGAAUACUUGAGAAGACCAGCUGGUCGCUCUGGUGCUUCUCUUGCAGAUACCCAUGUUCAAUUUCACCAAGAUCAAACACAUUUGCUAGCCUUCCAAGAGACGCAGAUAGUAAUAUAUGAAGUAGAAGCAGCUAAUUUGGAUUGGCGUGCAAAGUGGCCCCUACAAGCAAGUGUCCCUAUCACGUAUGCUACAUAUUCGUGUGAUAGCAAAUCCAUAUAUGUCAGCUUUAUAUGCGGAAGUAUAAGUGUUCUUACUGCUGCAUCACUGCGGUUGAGAUGUCGAAUCAAUCCCUCUUUAUACUUACCUGCCAAUCCAAGCUUACAGGCCUAUCCCUUAGUUAUUGCAGCGCACCCUUCUAAGCCUAAUCAAUUUGCAAUAGGACUUACUGAUGGUGGUGUCUAUGUACUUGAGCCACUAGAGUCUGAAGGCAAGUGGUACCCCUAA